UAAAAGACAGUAAAACAAAGCCUUUCACUUUCCUCAAAUUAGCAGGCUAAUGUAGUAUAAAAAAAAGCAGUUCUACUCAGAUCUGUGCUAAGAGCUUUCACUUCAUCAUAAUAUAAAACAGCAGAUCUGUCACCUUUCUGUAUUCAGUACUCUUGAUUUCGAGGUUGAAGUGAAAAUUAGAAGCUGUUCAUUCUGGCUCACAGACCGGGUUGCAUUCGUUCAGUCUUAUUCCAUGGCAGUGGGAUGGAAAGAGGUCAGUAACACUGGAAUCUGAUUGAUCGUACCAGAGCAUUGCACACACACAUUAAGUUCCUUCAAAAUGGACUACUUUUUGGAUGUCGAGUCUGCUCAGAGAAUGUUUUACAGUCAAGGAGCCCAAGCUCGUCGGGCAACUCUGCUCACUGUGCCCACACUGAUGUCAGCAUCCUCUGAGGAAGACAUAGACCGCAGACCCAUCAGAAGACUCCGGUCUAAGAGUGACACCCCGUACUUAGAAGAAGCCAGAAUUUGCUUCAAUCUCGACACAGCUCGCCGGGCCACGCUGCUCACCGUGCCCACAUUAAUGGCGGCAUCUUCCGAGGAGGACAUCGACCGCAGACCCAUCCGCCGCGUCCGCUCCAAAAGCGACACUCCGUACCUCGCCGAGGCCCGCAUCUCCUUCAACCUCGAGGCAGCUUCUCUGCGGGGAAGAAAUCCAAGUCUGCAAAACGUUUGCCAGGGAUCUCCAGAUGCGAAGCAAGCCCAUCAGAGCAAUAGACUAAGCCUGCCUCUGGACAUUUCGGAGGAAGUGGAAAGACUGGCUGCAAUGCGUUCAGAUUCUCUAGUACCUGGGACUCACACGCCUCCGAUCAGAAGAAGAAGCAAAUUUGCCACCCUUGGAAGGCUAUUUAAGCCAUGGAAAUGGAGGAAGAAGAAGAGUGAAAAGUUUAAGCACACUUCAGCAGCUUUGGAAAGAAAGAUAUCAAUGAGGCAAAGCAGAGAGGAGCUUAUAAAACGAGGAGUGCUAAAGGAAAUUUUUGAUAAAGAUGGGGAACUUUCCAUACCAAAUGAAGAAGGAGCUUUGGAGAAUGGGCAGCCUCUGGGAUCUGGACAAGUGCUGAGCUCCAGCCAGGUAUCCCUGCCAGCCCUAGCAGAACUGGAGUCAGGCUCAGCACCUGGGGAACCCUGCUCAUACGAGGUGCUGCCGACCACAGAGAUCAUGGAUGGGACAGUGUCUGAAGAGAGCCCCACAUCCAAUGAAUCUGGAGUCCUCCUGUCCCAAGAUCCUACAGCUAAGCCAGUCCUGCUACUUCCCCCAAAAAAAUCUGCUGCUUUCCCUGGAGACCAUGAGGACACCCCAGUGAAACAGUUGUCCCUCCUCAAACAGCCCCCUGCCCUGCCUCCUAAACCUAUUGCCAGGAUUGCCAGCCACUUAACUGAUCCUGGUGCUCCUGUGAAACUGCCUUGUAUGCCAGUUAAACUGUCACCUCCACUACCUCCAAAGAAAGUCAUGAUUUGCAUGCCUUUAGGGGGGCCAGACCUCUCCUCUCUCUCAUCCUAUUCCACACAGAAGAGCUCCCAGCAGCCUUUGACUCAGCACCAUCACACUGUCCUGCCAUCCCAGUUAGCAGCUCACCAGCAUCAGCUCCAGUAUGGCAGCCACAGCCAGCACCUGCCUUCUGGAUCCAGCACGUUGCCCAUACACCCUUCAGGGUGCCGGAUGAUAGAGGAACUGAACAAAACACUAGCCAUGACCAUGCAAAGACUAGAAAGCUCUGGUUUACACACAGGUGACAAUGUUACAAAAACAGGACCUGGAGGCCUUCCAGACAUGAGACAAGUGCCAACUGUUGUAAUCGAAUGCGAUGACAAUAAAGAAAACGUGCCUCAUGAAGCUGACUAUGAAGAUUCUUCUUGUCUCUACCCACGACAGGAAGAGGAGGAAGAGGAAGAUGAAGAUGAGGAUAACUCGUUAUUUACAAGUUCCCUGGCAAGGAAAGUCUGCAGAAAGGACUCUUUAGCAAUCAAACUCAGCAACAGGCCUUCCAAGCGAGAGUUGGAGGAAAAGAAUAUUCUUCCCAUGCAGACAGAUGAGGAGAGACUCGAACUUAGGCAGCAGAUUGGGACAAAGUUAACAAGACGACUGAGCCAGAGGCCGACAGCUGAAGAAUUGGAGCAGAGGAACAUUCUGAAACCCCGGAAUGAGCAAGAGGAACAGGAAGAAAAACGAGAGAUAAAGAGAAGAUUAACACGUAAGCUGAGCCAAAGGCCCACGGUAGAGGAGCUGCGUGAGAGGAAGAUUCUCAUCCGCUUCAGCGACUAUGUGGAAGUGGCCGACGCACAGGAUUAUGACAGGAGGGCAGACAAACCCUGGACACGACUCACCGCUGCCGACAAAGCAGCCAUUCGUAAAGAGCUUAAUGAAUUUAAAAGCUCUGAAAUGGAAGUUCAUGAACUAAGUAGGCAUCUAACAAGGUUUCACAGACCGUAGCAGUUAAAUUCUACCUGACUACUAUGCUGUCUUCAAAACAUAACAAAAAGGAACCAUAAGUGCUGGUAUUAUUCACUUCCCUGUUAUGUACAAUGUAAAUCUUAUGAACUGCCUUUCUUAAGAAAAAAGAAAAGAAAAAGAAAAAAAAAAGUAGAUGAAUAUUUAAAAAUAUAAAAGAAAUUGUAUGUACAUGUGAUGGGUACUGCAGCAUCAUCAGACCUGCUGGCUCAAGCUUCGAUUACAGAAAAUACCCCUGGUGGGAAUCGUGCCAAGACGCAGCAUUUACAUGUAAGACUUUCCUGGCAUGUGGAUUUGCCAUACGUGUUUGAGCCCAGCUGGUGGGGCAUCCAUUAGUUCGUCUUCAGGUACCCCUCACCCUGACAAGCCCCUGUCGUCAACAUGAGAGAGCACUGGGAUGGUGUCUGGGGAACCAUGGGCCUGGGUGAAGUCUCCAGCAGACCUGCGCCUAUGGCACUAAAGCACCUCCUUAUACCAAACACUCCUUUCUGUCUGCGAGCACCUUAUGAGGGCAGGGAAGGAGCAGAAUUCCUCUUCAUCUGCAACCAUCGUCUGACUUGAAGCUGCCUGCUUGCCUACCCUGGAGAAGCUUAUGGCAAUGGUUGGCUCCCAAGAGGAAAAAAGGACUCCCUACGUGGUCACUGAAUGGUAUUCUCUCAGUCUGUAGCUUGUUUUUAUGCUCAAGCCUCAUGAUUGUGUGAGGGCCGACACACCUCCAGCAGGAAGAAGGGCUGGGAUUGCCAGCGGUGCUGAAGAGGGAACACCAUGGGAGAACUGAAGGUUGAUUGGGGACAGCUAUCCUCCCUGUAUCAGGCAUAAAGAACUGAUCCUAAUGUAUAGUGAGAAAAGCAUGAUGGUGUGUUAACUCGCUUAACAAAGGAAGGCUGUUGCAUUGGUAUGGAUGGAAGGGACUCCUCACUGGUCUGUGCAGCUGAAGCAUAAGGACAGAAAUCCAGGAGCAUGCCGCUGUGUUCUUAUUUAAUUCUACCAUAGAGGUUUAACACAUGAACUGACCCAGUGGGGCUCAGAGAGCUGGAUGCUCUGGGCCUGGUUUACCUGCCUACUUGAGUGCAUGCUUAAUGCUAAACAAGCAUGCAGACAGUCUCACUGAAAUCCAGACUAGGUCUCGCAGUCUUCAUUGAAGCUGAACACAUUUAAGUAAGUGCUUUUCUGGAUGUAGGCCAACACCUUUCAGAUUCAAGUCCUUAACUAGUGCAAUGCCAGUAACCAUGGGCAGAUGUUGCCUAUGAGUCCUUUCUAGCUCUCGCAAGAAGCUAUUAUGGUGUUUUGGGUCAGUGAUCUAAAGCACAACAGCAACACUACUGUAAGUUACAGAUUAUUACUUCAGGGCACCUUUUUGCUUUCAUUAUGGCUUAGAGGAUUUGAAUAGAGAGGCCAGAGUUUAACUAAAGUAUUGUUAUUUCUGCUCUCUUUUCUUCUUUCCUCCCCGUUUCUGUCCUCCAAUAUCUAUUUAUCUAUCUAUCUAUCCCUCUGAUUGUGGGCCAAGAGGCCUCUCUAUUGCAUGAACACUUUCUGGCCAAUACCUUAUUAUGCCAAACACUCCUGCCUCAUCUCAGGCCUCAGUUUCAUUCCUCUGGUGCAAAAGAACCUGCACACAGCCCGUGGAGUUGCACUCAGCCUGCCCAAACAAUGUUCAGACUCCAUUUGCACUUAGUGGUACUCAGUAGGCAAAUAGGCCAGGGAGAAGCUAGUCCAUUGUUUGAACCUGUUUUCUUGAGCACUCAGUUUUCUCAUCUGUGAAAGCCAUCUCUACCACAGCUGUGAUUCUGCUAGGAGAGGGAAAAAGUAGUCCUGAUUCCCCCAUCCUCCAACAAGCUGGAUUAUACAUGAAGGAAAUAAAGACUGUGUUCCUGCUGAAGACUCAGUUACCACCAGUCAUCCUCAUUCAUAUUAGAAAGAGACAAACAGUAGCAAUAAAGAAACUACAUCUCAUUUAGAGAAUGGAAAAAGUCAACACAGGACAGAAACUGGUAUUCCAGGGCUGAUAAUGGAUGUAAUAUACAAGAGUCAAGUUGUUUUUUAUAUUAUCUAUCUGCUGAGUUGUGGGUUAUUCUCGCUUAAAAUGUAUAAAGUAACAAGACGUGUCCUACAGCCCAUGGAAGGAUGAGCUGGAAACUGAGCAGGAAGGAAGAAAGAAUGGAAACAGCAACUGCAGAACUUGUAGAUGAAAGCUCUGCAAUUUGGAAGAAAGCAAUGGCAAGGUAGCACAAUGUUGGCAUUCACUGUGUUCCCACUCACAUUCUUGCCAGGCGUAGACUACAGGGACCUGGCGAUGGACUCAGGAUCAAUGGGGAAGGUCAAUGUUGUGGCCCUUCUCCCCCUUAGGCUCCAUUGGUUAAGUACCUGCAUGCUGAAAUAGUUUUAGGCUCCAGGCUCCCUGGGAUGGAGCUCAGAACACCUUUUGUGUGUAGACAAUUCCAGGUGCACACUCUAGACGUUACUGAAAAAGGAGGAAAAAAUAAUAGAUUUUUAUUAACAAUUUUAUGUCAACUGAAGGUUGGUAGUGAGCCCAUUCCACAAAUACAUUUCAGCCUAAGGUUUACAUGUAAAACCACAGCACUUCAUCACCACCACAACUGGCCACCAAACCCAACGUCCACUAAUUUUGCAGUGCCAUCUGUACAGUGAAAACACCACAGACCAACAGAGUGGGAGCACUUCAGCCUGUGUAGUUACAUUAACGCUUGCACUCACACAGGAAAAAAAGGGCAAGAUGGAAAACCCAUAGUUACACGUGGACAGGGGCUCCCUAACGUGCCUGCAAAUAACAUCACUUUGUAUAGUCAUGGCAGAUGCCUACGCUGAUAAAAAUCAGGAAGGAUACAAAAGGGGACAAGUGAUUUUUCCCAGGUGUUCAGCCUGCUUGAGCUUGGAACAACUUCUGUAAGCAAAGAGGAGGUGACGGGCACACGACCUGCUUUCCCCAUGUGUCCCAGUUACUCCUGCACCAUUUGCAUUUACCAGUUGAUAUCCAAGUGUAUGUAUAUAGUUCGUCUUUGUAUAGGAGUGAGUGUGGUGGCUGUCAAUCAUGUGCUCUUCCAGUAUUGUAAUUUAACAGAUUAUGGCUGUAUGAAAACGAUGUAAAUAACUAGGAAAAAAAAAAAUAAUAAUUAAGCUGGA